GGAGUAAUAGGUUUAGGUAACAAGUCGUUUUCACGCCUCAUAUCUUAAAGAGGCAAAGCAUUUUCACUCAAUCUUUUUGAAAGAUUUGUCAUAAACAUGUUAAUUUUGCCAAACAGAAAACACCACUUAUUUAUUUUUUAUUUGAUACUUAUAGAAAAGCGUAUUAAUUUUCAGGGCUAUCGGAUUUACUUGGGCAGGCAAUUGGAGAAUCAUAAAGUCACAAUUUCCCGAAUAGCUGAUUUACUUGGGAAUACAACCUCAGCCAAAAACCACUUGAAUAAGUGCCUCUUCAUUGUGGGAAUAGGCAGCAAUGACUACAUCAACAAUUUUCUAAUGCCAGAUAUCUAUCCAACUAGUCAUUUUUACACACCAAGUCAGUACGCAACAGUCUUGAUCGAACAAUACUCCCAACAGCUAAAGGAUUUGUAUGAAGAUGGAGCAAGAAAAAUCACCCUUUUUGGACUGCCCCAAAUAGGUUGCAUUCCAGAUGAGUUGAAAAAACACAGCACACUUUUAUGUGUUGAUUCAACAAAUGAGGCAGUUCAAUUAUUCAACAAAAACUUAAAAGCUCUUGUUGAUGAUCUUAAUGCCAAUUUACCAGACGCACAAUUCAUAUACAUAAACAUGUAUAGCAUUUCAUCCGCGAUCGCUCUAACUCUUUUGAAUUAUCCAUGCUGCCAAGUUACGAAGAUCAUGCCUGAAGGGCAAUGUAUUCCAGGAAAAGCUCCAUGCCUCAUUAGGUCUACUCAUCUCUUUUUUGAUAAUUUCCAUCCAACUGAAAUCGCCAAUUCCAUCGCUACACAUAGAGCUUACAACGCUCUUCUACCAUCUGAUGCUUAUCCUAUGGAUAUUCGUCACUUGGUCACGGGCAAUGAUUUGUAUUAUGAUCAGUAACUUUAGUUUCGCAUGUUUCACGAUUUUCAUGGAUAUAUUUGUAAUAAUCGCCUACACUCUGUAAUAAGAAUUCAAGUCGAGUGGCAUUAUUUCUUUGAUUGGAAUUAAAAAAUUCAUUUUCCA